AUGGCCCCUUACCUGGAUCCAGAAUGGCUAGAGGUGGAGAAAGAGCUCGGUGGCCGCCUUGUUCUCGGCGGGACAAUGGAGAAUUAUCGAGCUGGUGGGGAAGCCAUUGGGAAGUACAUCAGAACUCAUCUGCCUCCCCCUAGAGAUGAUGGGCUUCAGGUUGCGGACGAGAAGAUUAACGAGAACGUUACUGUCCGUAUUUACAAGCCUAAAGACUCCAAGGAAGCGCUGCCAGUCGGUGUUUUCUGUCAUGGAGGCGGCUUUUCUGAUGGCUCCAUCGAUAUGGAAGACGGGUUGUGCAGACUCAUUGCAUCGAUGUAUCCUUGCAUAAUCGUAUCCGUCGAGUAUCGUCUUACGCCGUCAGUCGAUAUCAAGGUAGUGUUUCAGGACGCCUUUGAGGGAUUCUCGUGGCUAGAUGGAGACCAGAGCCGUGUUUUCAUGCUGGGAAGCUCAUGCGGUGGUACACUGUCUCUUGCCACUGCCCAUAGGCUCAUUGAACUUGGGAGAGCGGGACAGUUGAAAGGGGCCAUCAACAUGGCGGGAGGUACAGUCCAUCCAGCAAAUGUGCCAAAGCAUCUCCAGCACCUUACGAACUCUAUGGAAGAGAACGCUACGGAUGUACCAAUCAUUGAUGGGCAGACAGCCAAGAUGAUUAACGCAUCGACUGGACUCGACAAGCAUGUCGAUGAUGAGUGGCUGUUUCCUCUCCUCUCAUCCCACCUGGACAAGUUUCCACGAACUUACCUCAUUGCUUGCGGCGCGGACCCUCUGAGAGAUGACAACGUAGCCAUGGAGCAUGAACUUCGCAGCAAAGGGGUCAAGGUCAAGCUGGACAUGUAUGAGGGUCUACCUCAUGUCUUUUGGAUGUUCCCGACGCUGAGUGCUACGAAGACGUUCAUUGGGAACCUAUUGGCUGGCAUCAAGUUCAUCUUAGAGUAG